AUGGGGAGCUACCGCUGCGAAAGCAAGGAUGACUUACACCAGCAGCGGUCACAGUUUUUGUCAGUGGAGUGUCAAGCAAGGUUCGGCUCUGCCAUACUGAAUAACUGCCUCCAUGGUCUUGCCGCACCCUGUUCCAAAUCCAUCCCAUGCUCCUAUUUGUCUGAGGUCGCAGCGGCAGGUGGAAUAGGGGUUGGUUUCAAAUUGGCUGUUCCUCUGUUGUGCAAGACUGUUCUCACUCUGGGCUUGCUUUCCCUUUCUGAUGACUGGGUAGAAUCAGGAGCAACUUCGCUGUUCUUUGCUGCACAGCAAGGCCACAACGACGUAGUGAAGUUUCUCUUUGAAUUUGGAGCCUCCACUGAAUUUAAGAAUAAAGAUGGAGGUACUGCUCUUCUCGCUGCUUGUCAGUACGGGCAUGCAAAAGUAGUGGAAACUCUGUUGAAGCACGGUGCCAACAUUCACGAUCAACUUUAUGAUGGAGCUUCUGCAAUUUUCCUGGCAGCACAAGGAGGCUAUCUGGAUGUCAUCCGAUUGCUGCUUUCCUCAGGAGCAAAGGUUAACCAGCCACGGCAGGACGGGACGGCUCCCUUGUGGAUUGCAUCUCAGAUGGGUCACAGUGAGGUGGUGCGAGUAAUGCUGCUCCGGGGAGCUGAGCGAGACGCCGCCCGGGACGACGGUACAACUGCUUUACUGAAGGCUGCCAUUAAAGGGUACAACAACGUGAUAGAAGAGUUGCUGAAAUUCUCUCCCACGCUUGGCCUGCUAAAGAACGGGACCUCUGCUCUCCACGCAGCCGUCCUGAGCGGCAACGUGAGGACAGUGGCUCUGCUCCUCGAAGCCGGAGCGGACCCGUGCCUGAGGAACAAGGCAAAUGAGCUGCCAGCAGAACUAACGAAAAAUGAACGCAUCCUCCGCCUCCUCCGCACGAAGGAGAAGCAAAGGAAAAGCUAA